AAAACAAGAAGGACAGAGUUUUGGAGAACGAGGCGGGCAAGUCGGAGUGUAAACAGGAUCUGCGCGCACUGAGGAAGUUAGCAUGAAGAAAUGUCUCCCGACUCUGCCUGAUCAGCGGUGCAGUGGAUUGGCACCCAGGGGUGAUGGAGGACGCGGACGUGCAGGCCAUGCUGCGCGGCACCAGCAUGGUGAAGGUGCGCUCUGCGAGCUGGCAGAAGAGCCGCCUGCUGCGCCUGCUGGAGGACGGCAUGACCGUGUGGCUGGAGUCCAAGAAGCGGCUGCGCCGGGCAGCCGCCCAGCAGACCUUCUCGGUGCUGGAAGUGGACUGCGUGCGGGAGGGCUGCCAGUCGGAGGCGCUGCGGGGGCUGGAGGGCUCCGCGCCCGAGCAGCAGUGCUUCACCGUGGUGUUCAGGGGGGGCAAGCGCAAGAGCCUGGACCUGCGGGGGGGCAGCUCGGAGGAGGUGCAGUGCUGGGUCCGAGGCCUGCGCAAGCUGCAGGAGAGGGCGCUCAGCAUGAGCCAGCGAGACAUGUUGGAGCACUGGAUCUAUGGCUACCUGAGGAGAGCUGACCUGAACAAGGAUGGCAAGAUGAGCUACGAGGAAGUGGGCAGCCUGCUGAAGAUGAUCAACAUCGAGCUGAACGAGCAGUACGCCAGGUGCCUGUUCAAGCAGUGCGACCGAUCGGCCAACGGCCGGCUGGAGAACAGCGAGAUCGCCGAGUUCUGCCGGCGCCUGAUGCGGCGCCCCGAGCUGGAGGCGGUGUUCUGGAAGUACUCGGGGAACGACAGCGCCCUCUCCGCCGAGGAGCUGCGGGAGUUCCUGUGGGACCAGGGCGAGGAGCAGGCCACGCUGGCCCACGCACACGCCAUCAUCCAGACCUACGAGCUCAGCGACAGGGCUAAGAAGAGCCAGUUCAUGACGAUGGAUGGGUUCACCAUGUACCUGCUGUCCAGCGAGAGUAACGUCUUCAACCCUGCGCACGCCACCGUCUCUCAGGACAUGACCCAGCCCCUGGCGCACUACUUCAUCUCGGCCUCCCACAACACCUACCUGACCAAGGACCAGAUCACCAGCAUGAGCAGCACGGAGCCCUACAUCAGGGCGCUGAACCAGGGCUGCCGCUGCGUGGAGCUGGACUGCUGGGACGGGGACAAGGGGGAGCCGGUCAUCUGCCACGGCCACACGCUCACCUCCAAGAUCCCCUUCCGAGAGGUCAUCCAGACCAUCGCCCAGUACGCCUUCAAGGCCUCCCCCUACCCCCUGAUCCUGUCUCUGGAGAAUCACUGCACCGUGGAGCAGCAGGCGGUCAUGGCCAGGCACCUCCGCACAUUGCUGGGAGACAGUCUGGUCACCAAGCCCAUCAGCGGCCAGCUGAGCAGCAGCCUGCCUUCUCCAGAGGAACUGAAGGGGCGGAUCCUGGUGAAGGGCAAGAAGGAGACAGGCCAGCAAGUGAAGACGGACAGCGCUGGCUCCUCAUCCGGCUCAGAGGAUGAGAUGGUAGGCAGGCCCGGGAACAACAAAAACAAGGAGGUGGCGAAGGCCGGCACCUCCAAGCUGAGCCCGGAGCUGUCCGAGCUGGUGGUAUACUGCCGCAGCACCCCGUUCCGGGGCUUUGAGCAGGCGGCCCAGCUGCCCAACGAGAUGUCGUCCUUCUCCGAGAGCGAAGCCCAGCGCCACAUCAAGGAAUCAGGAACGGCCUUUGUGCAGCACAACACGCGGCAGCUGAGUCGAAUUUACCCCUCUGGGCAGCGAAUCCAGUCCUCCAACUACAACCCCCAGGACAUGUGGAACUGCGGCUGUCAGAUUGUGGCGCUCAACUUCCAGACCCCAGGGGAGCAGAUGGAUCUGAACCAGGGACGUUUCCUUCCCAACGGCCACUGUGGCUACAUCCUCAAACCCGCCUUCCUGCGCGCUGAGAACUCGACCUUCGACCCCGAGAACCCCCUGCAGGGCCCAGGCUACCAGCCCACACAGCUGACCAUCAAGGUGAUCUCCGCCCAGCAGCUGCCCAAGCUGAACACCGACAAGCCCAACUCCAUUGUGGACCCCCUGGUCCGGAUCGAGGUGCACGGGGUGUCGUCCGACACCACCAAGGCCGAGACGCCCUACAUCACUAACAACGGGUUCAAUCCACUGUGGAAUUGCACUCUGUCCUUCAAGAUCCAGGUGCCUGAGCUAGCUCUGAUCCGAUUUGUGGUGGAAGAUCAUGACAUGGCCUCCAGUAAUGACUUUGUGGGCCAGUUCACUCUGCCCUUCACCAGCCUGCGCAGAGGAUUCCGACACGUGCACCUGCUGAAAGAGGACGGCUGCUCCUUGUCCCCCGCCACCCUCUUCAUCCACGUCAAGGUCUCUGCCCUGGGAUCCACCAAGCCUGUGUCCCCGUGACCUGCGUGAGCCCCGUGCUCCGGUCCCUGGCCAGCGCACACACAGUGACAGGGGUGAUGAGGGGACGCUGGCAGCGUCUCGUUCAGCAGCUCAAAGGAACCCCCUCCAGAGAGAAGGCAAGCCCCAUUGGUCAUCAUCGGUCCUACCCCUGUGGGACCAGGACAGGUCCAAUACCAAGCUGGCUGGAGCUCGGAGAGAGAAGCACCAGGGAGCUUGUUCUCAUGGAAAUCCAGGGGUGUCCCUGGCCCUGUCCGGACAUUGGGGUGCUCUGCUUGUCGAGUGUUUGAGGACAGUAGCAGCCUCGCUGGCAGGACUUUCACUCUUUUAUUUCACCAGCUUAUCAAGCUAAGAAAGCUGACCUUUUUUAUUUGAUUUGAUUUUAUUAUUUUACACGAUAAAUUAGCAAUAUUUGAUAUGCAAUUUUGCAGAGAUGUAAUACUCCAGUUAUAUUUUUUUAAAUGUAAAGAGUAACUUAACAGUUGUGAUCUGUCUCCGGAGCUUCUAGGUUUAUGUGACCAGGCUUCAUUCCAGUGCUGCUGCUUUUGAGCAGGGGCUACUGGAGCAAUUUGUCAUGAAGGAGCAGAACCAGACUAAGGCUCCUGUGCUCAGCUCAGUCUCUGGGAAGCAGCUGAUCCACAUCCCUAUCCCUGAGGUGCAGGAAGCAACUGCCAGGAACAGCGGCUGUCUUUCCCUGAGAUGUGGACACCUCUCACUGGCUCACAGUCUGUUUAGUCCAGGGCAGGUCCACCAGAAAAUCAACAUCAAAAUGAAAAAUGAGCUGCUGUAAUUUUUAAAUUUUAGUUUGAUGACUCAGAACACAAAGAGCAAACAAACCACAAAUUUGACCAGCGAAAGCCUGCCUCUUGAAUUCAAGAGAGCUGUGAACUGGCAGCUUUCAUAGAACAUGGCUCCAUGAAAUGAGUUUUGUUAAGAAAUGUCUUGGUUUUUUUUCAUUUUUCAACUUCUUCCUGUUUAAAAUCUCCCUUGCCCUUGUGCCUGACAGGGGUGGGCAAUUUGAGUCCUCGAGAGCCCGUGUCCUGGAACUCUGAACUUCAUCGCUUAAUUGAACUCCAUGUUUGGAUGAGAAGUUAAACCACCUGUGUUUUUUACUUGCCAGUCAGUGGCUAAUUAAAGGCCCCUGGUGCAGAGACACAGCACUGUAACGCCAUUUUAUCUCAGAAGCUGAAAUUCACUGCUCAUUAGCAGUGUGUCACGAAUCGCACAAAGGGGAAGUAAGCGCUCCCACAGUCCCACGAGCUCUUCUCUCCCUAAACGUCCACACACCGAUCUACUCAGCACUAUUUAAACCCUCACUAGUCUUCCCUUCCUCGCUCACGAUUGAGGCCUCCUCCCUGAGCUGCGUAUCAGAAGUGCCUCGCAUAGGAUCCCUAUCCACCCAAGUCCGGCUAUACGGGACACAGUGGGGAUCUGUCCAGGAGCAAGAGCUGCUUGUCUUAACUGUACUUCAUCUCUGAAGAGUCUUUAAACAGUCAUACCUGCUGCACAACACUCCCCUAACUGUCUCCUCGCUGCCUUCUGGAACAACACUAAGACUGCGGUUGGUUUUAUAGCUUUCGUGUUUUGUAGAGCUUCUUGUAAUUAAAAGGCUCACCAAAUUAACUUGAUAGUGUAAUCAGAUUACUUACUGAGUGCUCAGUGUAUCCCCACCUCCAGUUAUGGUAUUUAUUGUUUAUCAGCCCUUUGUACUGACAAGUAUUAUGUGAUUUAUACUCUAAAUUAGUCAAGGGAUGAGCCCGUGUGCACAGCAGGAUCUGGCACUAUAACAUUGGUAACACUGUUGUCUGAAAGUCCCACAAUUUCCUCUGUCUGAACGUCUCACAAUUGUUUCCUCCAAUAUCUAUGUAUGACAGCAAUGGUGCCCUAUGUUGUUUGUGGACAAGAGGUUUUCUUUGCUUAGAUGUGUGUUCUACUUUUCUGUGAUAUCUGUUUAAGUUUGACAAUCCCUGUAUUUGUGCCUUUUAGUUUGUUUAUUUUAUUUAUGUUUAUGAUAAUGUUAAAUUUCAUAGGACAUUUUUCAAAACUGUUUUGCAUUGAUGCAAUCUCAACACAUACUGAAGUUUGGAUCAGUUUUCAAGUACUAAUAUUUGAUUAAGUAAAAGAGAGGGUAAAUUCUGUUUUCCAUACCUCUAUUCAACUCUUUGCUUCACGUGCUAUUUUUGUGUCCAUUAUCUUCAAAAAGAAACCAGAUCGAUUGUGCACCCUGUCCACAUACACCAGGCUCUCAAUCUCCCAGUUCUGUUUCAGGUACAGAGCUUUUGUCUGUGCAGAUAUGCUGAACUUUGAGGUCUGAUCUGCACAAUGAUAUUAGACAUGCUUUGUUUAAAGAUGUCUUUCAGAGCAUGUUAGUAAGACAAAAAACACAAUGGCAUCAGAGCUAGGCAGCAGUGUCCACAGGCAGGUGUGCACAUUGUGAGCUCUCCUGAGUUCAGCAUCAGUUCCGAAAUGAGACAAUAAACUUUCCUUUAAUUCCAGGAAAAGUUGUUAAUGUGUUUUGGAUUCACGCGACUGAGCAGCAUCCUAGUGAAGAGGAUGAAGGUCAAGGCAUGUGAAGCCCAGUGAGAGGUGCUGUGGGGGACAAUGACAGUGCUCUCAGUCUUGGGACCCUGGAUUUAUUCU